AUGGCGUAUCUUCCGUACACACAACCAACAGCUGACGAGAGCACGCAUGGGCGAUACUACGUCUACGGUCUGGUCACGCUGCUUGUUUUCAUUAUCUUCAAGCACAUCUAUCAGAUCUUGGCGUCGCCCCUUCGAAGUGUGCCCGGCCCUAUCCUCGCUCGCUCCACACGACUCUGGGAGAUAUACUCCGUGUGCAAACACGACAACCCAACCCACAACAUUGCGCUACAUGAGAAAUAUGGUCCUGUUGUGCGUCUCGCGCCAAAUCGAUACAGCAUAAAUGAUGGCGAAGCCGCAAAGAUGAUUCUCGGACACCAUAAUGCCAUGGAUAAAUCGAAGUUCUACCAUCCAUUCGGCCAACCGGAUGAGUACAACCUCUUUUCCGAGCCGAGCAUAUCCGUUCAUGGCAAAGUCAGACGUCCGCUUGCGCAGCUGUAUUCGCAAACGAGCCUUCUCUCCUAUGAGCCAUUCGUUGACACUUGCAACAAGAUCCUGCUGCAGAGACUAGAGGAAUACGCUCAAGGUGACAAGGCUCUCGAUGUGAGGGAGCUCAUGCAGUACUACGCAUUUGAUGUCAUCGGCGAAAUCACAGUUGGAUCGCGAUUUGGGUUGAUGGAAGACGGCGGUGAUAAGUCUGGCAUCGUUGAGGCUAUUGAUGAAAGCUUGAGCUACGGAGCGAUCAUAGGUUUGAUCCCUGAAUGGCACUGGUGGAUUGGAAUGACGAUGGAUAUGCUCCGACUCAAGCCCAGCUUCAGAAAGAUCCUCAACUUUGUGAAUUUUCACCUGGAAAAUCGCGUUUCGGGACGCACAAAGUCGCCCGAAGACCGCAGAGACUUCCUUGACAAGAUGCUGCCCAUGGAACAGGAAGGCAAGGCGACACGCUUUCACACCCGCCAAGCCACCUCUCAGAAUAUCGCAGCUGGAUCAGACACGACCGCCAUCUCGCUCACUGCUGUCAUUGCAUACCUGACCAUGUACCCGAGCACGCUCGCCGCUCUCCGCCACGAACUCGAUGAAGCCACAGCAGCCGGCACUCUGUCUGACCCAGCGACCUUCCAAGAAGCUCAGAAACUUCCCUACCUCCAAGCCGUCAUCAUGGAAGCCUUACGUAUCCAUCCUGCCGUCGCUGCACCAAUGACUCGAGUCGUCGGCCCCCAGGGCCUCGUAAUUGCAGGUCAAUUUUUCCCACCUGGCACCGAAGUCGGCGUCAACGCAUGGGUGAUACACAACAACAAGUCAAUCUUUGGGGCUGACGCGCACGUGUUUCGUCCCGAGCGCUGGAUCACAAAGAACAAAGAGGAUCGCGCGGUGCUGGACCGCAAUUUCUUGGCUUUUGGCGCGGGGCCACGGACGUGUAUUGGCAAGAAUAUCAGCUUGUUGGAAAUGAGCAAGGUUAUUCCGCAGAUCGUUAGAAAGUACGAUUUCGAUAUCUUGCCGGGUGAGAAUGGUGAGAGAUAUACGUGGAGGACGAGGUGGUUUGCGAAGCCAAGCUUUAAUGCUGUCGUCAGGAGACGGGCGGAGAAAGCUGCGCGAGAACAUCAGUAG